UAUAUAUUUAGUUAAUUCUUAAAAGCUUAUUUUUCUCAAAUCUUUUGAUCACAGUUCAGUUUAUGGCCAUUGCAAUGGCUAAAAAUCCCAAGAAUAAGUUUAAUUUAACACUGCCAGCUGUAGAAGCCGAUGAAGAUAAGGGAGCCAAAGAAAAAGAUGUUACCAAAAAUUAUGAGAAGUUACAAAAGCGUUUAUCAGAAUUGGACUUAGAUGAUUUUGAAAGAAAUAGAAUGGAACUCUUUUUUAGACAAAAAUCACAAUUGGGAGAACUAAAUGCUGAAGAUUUUGAAAAUUUAGGGGAGUUAGGAGCAGGCAAUGGUGGUGUUGUUACCAAAGCAUUACAUAAGCCAACUGGCACUUUAAUGGCUAGAAAGAUGAUUCAUUUAGAAGUUAAACCAGACAUUAGGACAAAAAUUAUUCGGGAAUUAAAGGUACUACACGAUUGCAAUUCACCUCAAAUAGUUGGCUUUUACGGUGCUUUUUACAAUGAUAGAGAAAUUAGCAUUUGCAUGGAAUAUAUGGACGGGGGCUCAUUGGACCUAGUGCAACGAAAGCUAGGCCGGAUUCCCGAAAAUAUUUUGGCGAAAAUCACUAUAGCAGUAUUGAAAGGUCUCAUUUACCUGCGCGAAAAACAUCAAAUUAUGCAUCGAGACGUUAAGCCUUCAAACAUUUUGGUCAAUUCGCGAGGGGAAAUCAAAAUAUGCGAUUUCGGUGUGAGCGGUCAGUUGAUAGACUCUAUGGCGAAUACCUUCGUGGGAACCAGAUCUUAUAUGGCACCAGAAAGAUUGCAAGGCAAUCAGUACACGGUCCAAUCGGACAUUUGGAGUUUGGGCCUCUCAUUGGUGGAAAUGGCUCUUGGACGUUAUCCUAUUCCACCAAUUCCGGAAUCCCCCGAAAUCAAUCAACCAGUGAUACAGAAAAUGUCGAUAUUCGAAUUGCUAGAUUACAUUGUUAAUGAGGCACCACCAACCCUUCCGCUUUCCCUAUUUUCAUCCGCAUUCGUUGAUUUCGUUAAUUUAUGCUUAAUCAAAAAUCCCAAAGAAAGAGCUGAUCUCAAGGCCUUGAUGGAGCAUCCUUUUGUCCAAAAGAACUUAGACGCCGACGUGGACAUAGGUCAAUGGGUAACAUCUUUCGCCAACAUAAAUUCGAAUGUCGUUAAUAUCACUUGAAUAAAUAUAUUUAACCCUCCCAACUAAAACACAUGGUUCUUUUUCAGAAACUAACCUUUCAUCUUUUUCGUUGUUAAAAAAAGGAACUAACAAAUUGGGGAUUCUAAAUCAAAGUUUCGAUUUGGAUAAAAAUAUUUUGUUUUGGCGCGAAAUUGUUACUCGCUUAAUAACAAGCGAUACCUUAAUGGGUUGAUUUUGUAUAUUACCUUAAAUCGGUGGAGUACCAUUCAGACUUGGAACACAAUAAAAUGCAUUUUUAAUUUAUAAAAUAAAAUCUACAAUCGUUGAAUAUACGACCUAGAUAACUGGGUGAAAUUAUUGUUGUUUUUUUGACACAUAAAUAUAUUUAUUUAUUUUUGUUAUUUAAAUUAAGAAUACAUUACCACUAUAUUUUUUAUAGUGAUCAUUUUUUUCAUAAGUCGUGAUUGACAUGCCGAUCGCCAAUAUAUAUUUUUUUAUCAUUACAUUUUAUGUCGUCCAAAAAUUAUUUAUUGCUAAACCAACGAGAAUUUGAAAAGUUAAAUUAUGAAUUUUAAAUUGUUGAAAUUUAUCUCUGAGGCAAUUAAUUCUAUUAAUGUUUUUUUUUAAAUGUGCCAACCAAAAUCAUUU